GGUUCCGACUGUGAAUAAAUGGCGAGGGCUUUGCGGCGCCGUGAUGCUGCGUUUUCUGUGGGUGCUGGUGGGUCCUGGACGCCGAGUGCCUCCCGCGCCUUCGUUCCUGCCACCUUGUCCUCCCCCCACGGUAACUGCGGAGAGGGACACCCGCUUUUUUAUCUCUACAGUCCGCUGGAUCCUGCAGCUGCCCAGGUCGCUGACCAGAGGUGAUAUCUAGCUGCCACCUGUGUUUGGAUUACUGUUUGCACAAUGGAGUUUCCUGACUUGGGAAAGCAUUGCUCAGAGAAGACUUGCAAGCAACUAGAUUUUCUACCACUAAAAUGUGAUGCAUGUAAACAAGAUUUCUGUAAAGAUCAUUUUACCUGCGCCACCCAUACAUGUCCCUUUGCAUUCAAGAAGGAUGUCCGCGUCCCCGUGUGUCCUCUCUGUAACGUCCCAGUCCCAGUAAAGAAGGGGGAGCUGGCAGACGUGGUGGUCAGUGAACAUAUGGAUAGAGAUUGUGUAGGCUGUGCUGCACCAAGAGAGAAGGUGUUCGCACACCGCUGUUCCCGGGCAGGCUGUCGGAGGAAGGAGAUGCUGCAGCUGCUGUGUGUGCAGUGCCAGCGCAACUUCUGCAUCCAGCAUCGGCAUCCUCUGGAUCACAGCUGUAGCUCCUCUGGCAGCUCCGCCAGCCGAGCCGGGUGUUCAGCAACCACAGCAGAGUCUAAAGCACCGGGCACCGUGAACACUCCACUCUCCAGCUGGCUGACCCAGCUACUCAGGUACUUGUAUCUGCACCGCACUUGGUGCUGCUCUGAGCCUAGUAGUAUAGUGAGCUUGUGUAGAUGCCAGGACUCCAUGGCACAGCAUGCUUCCAUGGGGAAGGGUGGUGUGGGCCUCCAGAUUCUACACCAUCCAUGUCAGGCGGGGGUGCUGGCACUGCUUCUGGAGCCACCAGCGUGGGCCCAUGGACCUGAAGUGUGGCCCAGCACUCUGCUUCCUUUCAGGUGGAAGGUGAAGCGGUAACACCAGUGUGCCCCGCUCUGCUCACCCCCUCCAGCUUCUCGCACAGUCUAAAAUGGAAAGCUUCACCAGUAGGACACGGAUUCGCUGUUAGAGCAAGCAUCAGAAGGCUCCUAAAUCCAGGCACCGCCGCUCAUUCCUGUAAUCCUAUCUACUUAGGAAGCUCAGAUCUGAGGACCAAGGUUUAAAGCCUGCAUAGGCAGAAGUCUGUGAGGCCCCCAUCUCCAGAAUAUCCACCAAAAAGGAUGGUUCAAGUGGUAGAGUGCCAUCCCUGAAUGAAAAAGCCAAGCAAGACUGCAAGGUCCACUGGCUGAGAUCUG